AUAUUUUUCUCUCUCUCUUGCUUUCUCUCAGUCGGAGAGUCCCUCUCUCUCUCUCUCAAAACCAACACAGAAAAGUGAGAAAACCCUAGCGCCGGGUUUAGGAGUUUGUCAUGGCUUCAAAGCGGAUCAGCAAGGAAUUGAAGGACCUGCAGAAAGACCCGCCGGCAUCCUGCAGUGCUGGUCCUGUUGCUGAGGAUAUGUUCCAUUGGCAAGCGACGAUUAUGGGUCCAGGCGACAGCCCAUUUGCUGGAGGUGUUUUUCUUGUAUCCAUUCACUUCCCACCUGAUUACCCUUUCAAGCCACCCAAGGUUGCUUUCCGGACAAAAGUGUACCAUCCGAACAUUAAUAGCAAUGGUAGCAUCUGCCUUGACAUCCUCAAAGAGCAGUGGAGCCCUGCCCUGACCAUUUCCAAGGUCCUUCUCUCUAUUUGCUCGCUGCUGACAGAUCCAAACCCAGAUGAUCCUCUGGUGCCUGAGAUUGCUCACAUGUACAAGACUGAUAGAGUCAAGUAUGAGACUACUGCUCGAUCCUGGACCCAGAAGUAUGCUAUGGGUUAGCGGCUCUUCUUCCGGCUGAAUCUAUCUUUAUGAUCGUAAUAGUAAAUAAAUAGAUAUAAGUGGAAGCAAGUCUAAGAUGUUUGGCCGACUUUGGGUCUGUGUUAUUGUCCUUGAUGGUUCUGGUGGAUGUUUAUGUAGUCAUUAAUUAAGCCAAGACAAUGUUAUUUUCAGUAGGUGGUUAAAAGUUGGUGAAAAUUUGAUG